GUUCGGACCGCCGCGCUCUGCAAGUUCUCGACAUCCUGUAACACGUUGAAGUACAAAGCACAGGAUAUUGUCUCUGUGCUUUUUUGUCAUCGACUGUCGGCACUCAUUUUCCCUACGUAUCACGCCCACUACGACCGACACCUGAAGUGAUCACCUCACCCGGAGGCAGCGGGCUCAAUAGCCCUUUUCUUCACCUACCAAACUUUUUGCGUGCGACCGGCCAUUGGAACGAGAGCUGAUCGAGGAAAGUUGAAGUUGUAACAUCCACCAUGGAGGGCGCCGUACAGAAACUCAACCUGCCGACGCGGCUGGUCAAUUUCUUCGCCCGAUACCCGCCGCAACUAUACUCUGCCAAAUUUACUGGGGUCAGACUGCCUCUGACGCGGAAAGAGGCCAAAGAAGCGGCCAUUGCCAAAGCCACGCAGAAAACCACAAUCACAGAAUCUACUACUAGUACAACACAAGGCGAAACCGUGACGCGGAUAGAGGUUGAAGCCUCUGCAGAAGUCACCACGACACCACCGACAACAACAUCUUCAUCAUUAUCCUCUUCAUCUAAUCAACCUACGAUACCCACGGUGGCAGCGAACGAUCUUCCUCCGAACCCAUUCCUCCCGCGCAAGAAUCCCAUUACCGGACGAUGGGCUGGCGCCAAGAUCGGACUGCGUCGACAGGCAGAGCUGGUCAAGCUGGCUCAGAAGCAUGGCAUAGAGGAGCUUUUACCCCCAAGUAGGAAGUCUUCGGCCUUCAAGGAGGCGCGGUUGCUGGAGAGAGGACUGCGUGUCAAGGGUACAGGCGAGGGCCAGAAGGUCAAGGGUCACAAAUGGGAGAGACAUGUCGGCGCGAAUCUGGACAAGAGGAGGGCCGCCAUGGAGAACAUGCCGGAGAUGAUCAGAGAAUGGAAACAGAGAGGACAUGGCAGAGGAUGGAAGAAAUAUCCGAAAUAGUUCUUUACUUUUUGUCUAUUUCCAUUGGCUGGUGUAUGCACGCCGCAUCUCUCUGUAUAGAUCGCAUUGCACUGCGGCAGUCGGUCGAGCGAUUAAGCAUCGCCUGGCAUUUAUACGUCAAUAUUCAGCCCUGAUACUCCUGUGGGUGGCUGAGUAUCGCCGGUAUCCUCAAUCAGCCCGUUCCCCACUUAGACAACAAGGUGUGUGUUAUCGGGGGAUACUGUUGUUGCUCUAUGGCAUUUUCCGGGGCAUCUCUCUUGUAUAUACAAUCUCCUCAGGUAGCUCAACAGACGAGGCUGUUUGUAUAAAUAUAAUAGCUCUGACUUCGAGUGCUAAAUGCAAAGACCAGCGGCAGCCGAGCGCUAAGUCUAGGCAAGUUGUCCAGAUACCGCAAGCCAGUUGACUAAUCCUUACCAGACCGCCAAUGGGGCUGCACAUGCCGUCAUCUGCGCAGUACGUCCCCUGGAUUCCCGGAGGUGACUUUGAGGCCGACUUUUUGAUGACACUCGCAUGGCAUGGGGUUUGGUCCAUCACCAUGGCCGCUUAAGUGCAUAUUGUCCGGCAAGGGCGCGAGAUGACCAGUCUUUGUAUCAUUCGGAGGUUCGUCAAUGCUGCUCGAAACCGUGCACCAUGUCUCCCAUUCGACAGCCUUCUAGCCACCUCAAUAUUCACCGCUUGCUGGCACGGCUGGGGAGGUCGAACUGCUGCCCGGCUGGUACGAACGUCGCUCUGCGGUACUAGUUUCGCUCACCUGUUUACCGGUCGAUCACUCUGGUUUCGCGCCAUCAGGUAGGCUUCUUAUCCGUCUCUGAAUGGGGCGGAGACGACGACGGUAGCAUGGAGCUUGUCGAGGGUGGUCCCCAGUUGUAGAGAUGGCUCGGUGUCCCUGAGGGCGGAGACUUGGGCGGAGACUUGGGCGUCUUGGAUCCGGUCGAAGCAGUCAGUCAACUCAGUGAUCGGAACCCGGUGGGAGUCAGGUGCGGCCUGCCUCAAC